AUGUUGCGACAAGAUGAUGCCAUCGCAUCAUUGAUGCAAGACUGGAAUCAACAGCAAGGAUUCCAAGCACCGAUGGAUAAAACAAAGACGACUGAGAAAACCAGAGAUCGUGGAGCGAGAAAACGAAAACUACCAGAAUUGACAGAUUAUCCAAAUAACUCCUACCUGGCAGGAAGCCAUUCCAUAUGGAAUCCAUACGUCCAAGCUGUGCCAUUCGAUGAUGUGGAACCCUCAGUCGAUGAUGUCACAAGUUCGGUCAUUCCUACCAAUCCACAGGUAGAAGUGGUGCGACGACGGGCAUACGAAGCCUUCAAGAAGGAGUGCUUGGAAGUGAUUCAACGAAUAAUUCAGCAGCCGUUCAAGGUGAAGUUCUCCAUUCCCAGUGUUUUGGAAAAGUGGCACAUGGACGCAAAGCACAAGGAACGAGGGAAAUAUGAAGGUAUCAAUAGGCAACGGUACCCGCUAAUGGCGACAACCGCCAAAAUCAAUGCUUGGACUCGACAGGAUUUUGAACACUAUUUCGAUCCGAUACUUCUCUCCAAUCAAUCAUCCGACUUGCUUGGCCCAUUGUUGAGGGAAGAAGUUUUGAGAGCAUGGAAUCAACGACAAGGAUCUACGACGGAUGAUGUGCCGCCAAAGCUCCAAAAGAAACUGAAUCAAGUGCACAGGGCUAUUCACAAGAUUAUCAUGCAUACAAGAGAAAUCUACGCCAAACAACUCCAGCAGGUUGCGAAUCAAGCGAUGUUGCAAGCAGCCAAAAGUAGAAAGCAGCCAAGGAUCACACGUGUUGAAGAAAAUACGCUGAUUCAAAUCACACAUGCCGGAAACUCAUUCCGCAUCCAUCCUUCGUACCACGAAAAGUUGCAACGGCUCUAUGACAGACAACAACAACGAAAACCGACCAGCGAUGACUUUACUUUUGAAGAAGCACUGUUUUGUAUGCUAUGUCGAUACGAUAUGCUGCAAGGAGCAGGUCUACAGGCCGGUGUUCCGGGAAGUAUUAUGGAUACUCUUCUCAACAAGCUGGACUGCCGCAUGGAAUGCUUCGCGUCGCCUUUGAAUUGCCGGUAUGAGACCUUUGCUUCUGCAUUCGACUUGGAUGCACUCUUCGGAAGUCUAUCAAGUUUCUUUCAUCUUUCCAAUUUGCCAUCGGGAUGCUAUCAAGCCAACCCCCCAUUCUGUGAUGGAGUCAUCGGUGCUUUAUCCCGAAAAAUGGAAUUGUUUCUUCGGGAUGCAACGGACCCACUCAUGUUUGUGGUCUUUGUUCCAGCUUGGAAAGAAUCGAAGUCAUAUCAACAGCUACUGGAUCACAAGUAUCUUUCGAAGCACCUACUACUAGACCAAGGAAAGCACUGGUAUGCAGAAGGUACGCAGCAUCGGAGACAAGACUCAUUCCGAGUCGCUUCGUUUGAUACCAGUGUACUGUUUUACCAGAAUGACGCAGCAAAAGAGUCGGAGCCAGUUGACGAGUCCGUUUUGGAGGCAAUUACGGAGGCAUUUUGUCAAGAUCCUGGCAAAAUGGACAAGCAGAGUUCCCCUGCUACUCCGAAAUCCAAAACAACAAAGUCUACUGUGCAAACGAAGGUGACUGAUGAUGUUGAUAGCAGCCAAAUGGGUAUUGUCGAAAAGAAACCAUCAACCAGAAAGGGACCAAAGAAAACCAAUCGUGGCAAGAAACGAGCCUUUGCGGGUGGUGAAGAAGAAAAUGCUGCCCAUCUGGACGUCUUGAAAUCACUUGGUCUAAUGUCCAACGAGGAUGGGAAUGAUGAGGAGAAAGUAAACGAGACCCAAAAGGUAGUCGACUUUGAAUCCAAUAAGAAGCGCAAAAAGAAGAAAAAGAAGAAGUCCAAAGCGUAA